AUGGCUCUUCAUACAGCACUUCGUCACACGACUCUCGACUCUUGGAAGAGUAUUCGAGAGGUGCAAGAGCCUCGCCCGACCGUUGGCAACCACGAGGUGCUCAUCAAAGUCCGCAGUGCUGCCCUCAACUACAGAGACGUUGCCAUCGCCACUGGAAAAUAUCCAUUCGCUACGAAAGACCAGGUCGUUCCCGGAUCGGGUGCUGCCGGCGACGUCGUCGAAGUUGGCCCAGGAGUAGUGGGCUUCGCUCUAGGUGAUAAAGUCGUAGCCGCCUUCGAUCCAGCCACACUGUACGGACCGAUCAAGUCCUGGCAAACUGGACUGGGUGGGCCAGUCGACGGCAGUGUCGUGAGGAUCCCCGAGUCCUCUACCCUCAGCUAUGCUCAAUGGGCCAGUGUCGUCUGUACCGGUGUGACGGCCUGGAACGCGCUUUAUGGAGCUCUCCCACUAAAGCCAGGCCAAACUGUUCUUUUCCAAGGAACCGGGGGAGUGUCUGUCACUGGCCUUGCAUUAGCUAAGGCCGCGGGUGCGAUCACGAUCAUCACAUCUUCUUCUGACGAUAAGCUCCAGUAUGUGAAGGAGAAGUACGGUGUUGACCACGUCAUCAACUACAAGAAGUCUCCCGAUUGGGCAAGCGAGGUUCAAAAGAUUACUGGUGGCCGUGGUCAGUCCCUUGAUGCCAUUGCGUUUGGAGGUACUAUUGCGGUCGUCGGAUUCCUCUCCAUUGCUGCACAAGAGGACAUGCCCGAUGUCGCUCUUCUUGCCUUGGGCAAGGGAGCCAAUGUCCGCGGGAUCAUGAUCGGAUCGAAGCAAAUGCUUGAGGAUGCCGUUUGCUUUAUCGGCUCUCACGACUUGGCCAUCCCGGUUGAGAAGACCUUCAAGUUCGGCCGUGCCUCGGUGAUCAAUGCCUUUGAUUACAUGACAAGUGGACAACAUAUUGGAAAGAUCUGUAUCGAUUUUUAGAGCAAAUACCGCAGUGUGAAGAACCGUUCAUUAGAAAGCGGAACAAAAGUGAAUUUAACGCCUUGACAAAGAAGCCCUGAGCUUACAGCAAAGUGCAUGGCGUCGCCAAUCAAAAUUUCUUCCCCACUGACUUUCUUUCUCGUAGAAUUCUGGCGGAACCCCAUUAAUCAACUGGACGGAUGUAUCUCACGUUUGAGGAACGGCAAGAUCAUCUGUUUUUAAGAAAAGAAAUUAUAGCCGAUUUGGGGCC